AUUGAUGUUUUAUUAUUUAUAUAAUUUUACAGAGUCGAUAAACAGUGUGACCGCUGUUUAAUAGGUUGUAGUGUAAAUUUAGUUUUAUUUUUUUUUAAUUUUUUAUAACUUUUUUGAGUUGAUUAUUAUUUUUCACAAUGUGAAUAUUAUAACUAACUUUCUAUGUUUAUUCUUCGCUUUAUCAGGACUUUGAAUAUCCAUACAAAAUGGAUGAAAAGAAAUCAGCUCUAAUAUGGGGACAUAUGAGGAAGAAAAAAUAGUUUCAAGAAUUUUUACUCGGAAUAUACACAGCAGGAUUGUUCUUCUUCUUUUUUAUUCUACAAUAUCAUAUGAGUGAAUGUAAAUAGGACGAUUCAACUUCCUAACAAAACUUUUACCUUAAUAUAAACAAUUAAUUAUAUUACAUUAUUCAGAGCCCCCUAUCUUCUUUUGAAAACAACCUCGAUAUAAACAAAUUUUGAUAGUUUUAGAUACACAACAAGUUUAUUUUCACUUAUAAAAGGCACGUUAAAAAUAAGAAAAGAAAUGCCACGGCCAAGUGAAGAAGUUAGAAAUGCUUACAAAAAGUUCAUGUUUUUUGAAGAAUAUAACGACGAAUUUGACGCGUUUCAUAAAUACUUGGAUUUUAUCAGAAAUAACGGCUUAUAUAACAAGAUAAUAAACGACAUAGAAAAUAUGGGAGUUGUCUGUGACCUUUCUGAAGAAGUAGUGUUGACGUACAAAGAUCAAAAACUGAAUUUAACAAGUACUGAUCAGGGAAAUUUAAAAAACGGUAAAAUGUCAAGUGCCAUGGAUUUUGUUAGGUUAAGAGAAAAUUCUGAAAAAGGCAAAUAUCUUCAAGCUGCUGAAGAUAUAUCAGCAGAAACGAUAAUAAUCAAUGAGAGGCCUGUUAUUUAUCAAGUAGCGCCCAUUUGUAAAUGUGUGGGAGACUCGUACGAUUCCCUUUAUAAAUGUCACCAUUGUGGAUUAACCAUUGGCGAUUUUUAUCCAUGCCUCAAUUGUAACAUUUGUAUAUUUUGUACGAAAACAUGCUUGGAAAACGCCCGAAGUGAAUACCACGGUUACGAAUGUUACGCAUUCCAAAGGCACUUUUGGGCAAUAUUUGACAAUACUGAUUUCAGUUAUUUAUCUUUAAGAAUUUUCCUUCACGGUGCCAAACAAAAAUUCGAUUUAAAAGAGAUGAAAAAACCGGAGAAAAAUAAUUAUUCAUUCAUCUAUGCUACAAAAACGCAUUUUGAUAAAAUGUCCAAGGAACAAAUUAACAAAAUUCUAUACAACUGCACUAGAAACGUUCUGUAUCUAAAAACUAAAACGCACUUUUUCUCUAAUAUUAAAUGGUUAAAUAAACAUAUUAAACAAAAGGAUUUUGUUUCUUAUAUCGGUGGAUUAAUGGUGAAACAUUAUUGUCACGCUCAAAUUAACAGUAUCAAUAUAACAUUUCCGAAUUUAUUGAUAGUCAACGGACUUCAAUCAUCGUGUGGUUAUGGUAAAGCCAUUUGUCCAACUAUAUCGCUGAUUAAUCAUUCUUGCAAGCCGAAUUCCACGAUUAUGGUAUAUUCCGAUGGUGUAGCUGUUAAAAGUCUUGUACCAAUUAAAGAAGAAGAAGAAAUUACCGUUUGUUAUUCCGAAAUCAAUACUUUUAUGAGUUUGGAAGAACGUCGUAUGAUAGCUAAACAUUUUUUCUUUUUCACUUGUAAAUGUGCCCUUUGUGAAACAGAAAUGAACGCAAUGGAAAAUCAAUAUAAAUGUCCAAUAUGUCAGAAAUGUAACGUUACGAAUAUUGAAAAUAUCGAUGGAAAAGUUACAGCGCAAUGUGGAAAAUGUGAAACAACAGUUUCAAUGACUAGUAGUGUGAAGCAGUUGGAACUGGCAAUAAAAUAUAAGGAAUCGUAUGAACUUACAAAAGAUAUAGAUUACUUGGUUAAAAUUUUGAGAUGUUACAGAGCUCUAGUUUCACAAAAUAGUAUCCAUAUGCUAGAUAUUUGUCGGGUUUUAUACAAUAGGUACAGAAAUAGAGUUAAUAAUAUCGAAGCAAUCAGAUACGGACUAUUAAUGUUUGAGAUUUUUGAGAAUAAUAUUCCAAAGCUACAUUUUCCUUUAUUAAAUGCAAAAUUUUUAUUUCUUAUGAACUUCAGAAGUAUCGAAUUACCAUUGCCAAUGACGGAGGAAGAGUUAGGUAUCAUCAAGGAAUAUGUGAACGUAGCUCUUAGAAUUAAACAGGAUAUAACUUUUUAUAUGCCUGUGGUGUACAUUACAGAUUACGCUCUUCUUCAAAGAGAAGUUGCGAGAAUGAUGAUUCAAUUAAAAAAACAGGCGUCAGUGAAUAAAUAAUCGUUUUAUUUUAUCACAAUUUUUCAAAUAACAAUAAUUUGCGUUUAUUAAACAAUAAAUGAAGAAUUUGUUAUUUAUUGCACUUUUAAUUUAGAAGAUGUGAUAUUUUUAAUUUUGUAUUUGUCAAUAUUUUGUAUUUCUUAAAUAAUAACAAUGUUAGUUAUCCAACAAGUAUUUUUGUAUUGUUUUUAUCUGAAUAAAUAUUUUUCAAAACCUC